CGUCAGCACUUCCACAACAACAAGAAGCAGCAGGAAAAACAAGGAAGUGAAACACUGCGAGCGUAAUCUGUUUUUGUUAUAGCGACGCCGCGACGAGACGCCAACAGCCACCAGUUAUAAUCUGAUAUACGACAAACUGCUAACCGGGCCGCAACAAUGAACAACAAAGGUUCCUAUCCUCAGCAGAGUGUGUACCCUCAGCAGAACACUGCGCCCGUUUACCCUCCUGCUAUGCAAAUGUCUCCUCAGGCGCCUCCUUACACGGACACGCCCCCCGCCUACUCUGAGAUCUACCAGCCCAGAUACGUGCUUCCACCUCAGGUGACCGGCCAGAUGCCUCAGAUGUCGUCCCCUUACGUGGGCACGCAGGUCUACAUGCCCAUGCAGCCGCAGAUGCCCGUGGGCCACAUGGGACAGAACGUCCCCUUGGCUUACUAUCCCAUGGGGGCCGUGUACCCGCCGGGGUCCACGGUGAUGGUGGAGGGCGGCUUCGACUCGGGCGCUCGCUUCACGGCCGGCACCAGCGUGUCCAUCCCGCCACCACCUCCCGGGCACCCCCCCAACGCGGCCCAGCUAGCAGCCAUGCAGGGCGCCAACGUGGUCAUGACGCAGCGAAAGAGCAACUUCUUCCUGGGCGGCUCCGGCGCAGGUUACACCAUCUGGUAACGGCAGCUGAUCCCCGCACACCUAAAAUCGUCUACACCCCCCCCCCUCUCCCCACCCACCUCCUGUCAAUCACAUCCGUCCCCUCCCUUCCUCGUUAGGCUGCUUGGCCACAAUACUGACAUCACCUAAUGGAAUGUAAUGUUUUCAAGCCCUUGUGAAAGGUACAGUACUCCACUUGUGACCUUGCGAUCGAAUGACGAGCGCUAGCAUUUAACGCUGUAGAGUCCGUCCCGUAGACCCCCCCUCUCAUUGCUGUGCUGUUAUUUCAAACCAUUCCAGUACAGUACUAGCAAAGUAUCUAAGGUUUUUUUGUUUUUGUUUUCUUUUUAGUGGCACAAGGGUAGAUUACCACGCUGGUUAGGACACAAUAAGGCCACCAAGGAGUCAAAUAUUCUGUAGGUUUACCAUUUGACUCCAAAAACGGGGGGCACUUUGAUACAUUUUGUAUGUUAAAGAUGCCCAAGUACAUCCGAUCGUGCAAUCUGAAUAAAACAGCAUUUCAAAAUGAGCUAUGAGACAAAAGCGGUGCACUUUGGACACCCCCGGCCAAGCAAUGUCUACCUGUAGAACACUAAAGCCACACUACUGUAGAUAACUUAGCUGCUUAUUGGUCAAAGUGAAGCGCAGUCCAGAGUUUGGGGGGGAAAUCCCCACUUUUUUUUUGUGUAGUAAAUUUCUCGAUGUGUAGUAGUUCCAUGUGUACUAGUAUGAUGAUCACAAGAAGUCCUCAAAAGAAAAAAAACAAUGCAUCUCGGAUGCCUUUAGCUAGAUUGAACUUGUCUUUUGCACAGUGUCGUUAAACAAAAUAGAACUAAAAUUUGGAGGAAAAAACUGAAUUAGAGACUUGAAUGCACUUGCAGCCAAAGUGGUUUACUGUACCUUGUUGGGCAACUUGUAGUUUUAAACUUAUAGUCAAGUGCCAAAGAGCACGGUUAAUGAAAACAAACUUAAAAAAAAAAAAGUUACAACGUUUAGUAAAUCCAAAUAUUGAGCGGAGUGGAAAGGGCUGGUUGGUGUACCAUUUUUACAGCUUUGUGUUUUCCUUCUGUUCUGCUGUCGGAUACCCAGAGUUUAUACACUAUGUUUUAUAUCCUGUAUCGUAUGAUUAUGGCAUUUACCUGAGAAAAUUGGCCCCUUUUCCGAUCGUUUUUCCAAAUGUUCCCUGGUUUCUUCGCCCGCCUUUUAUUCGGCAACUCCAGCGACGCUCUCGCAUUUGAUCCCGCGACCGCCAGUCGAACCAAAGCUCAGACGCACUUGUGUUUGGUUGUGAUGCUUUGCAAUUAGAAAAGCAAACAUAUCAAUUAGUAGUUUAUCUGCAAUUGUUAAAGAAAAAUUGCUAGUUUGAGACCCGUUUUCGCACCUUUUGUACUGAUUUAAUUAAAAGAUGCACUGCUAAGCUAACAUGGCGAACUGUAGGCCAUGUUUUUUGUGUGGACGCUCGUGAUGACGAUGUCUACCAGGAGAAAAAAAAGCUGUGAAAUAGUCUGCUGUCUGUGCGCUGAUUCGACAACGUUCAGAUGACGUUUGUAAACGUUUACUGAUAGAACUAAAAUGUUUAACCUAAGUCUUUUCAAUCGCGCGUACCGCGAAACACGAGAUUACAGAAAGGUAUGGCAACAAUGUCGUCGAGCGGGAACGUCAAAUUCCCGGAAGUGUCACCAAGAUGUCCGUUCGUCGCGACACGUGACUGCCGUUAACCAAUAAACUGCAUUUGUGCCCUUAAAAAAGCGGCGAAAACUAACAAUGUCUCGUAAUAUCUUAUCGAAUAAUUCUUUUUAGCUCGACAACGUUACGGGCACAGUUUAUUUGCUUUUAUACCAUAUCGUCUUGGAAAAUAUUUGGUUAAACAGUGAUAAUUACUUAAAUCCACUAAAUCACUACAUCCCGGAAGUAGUGUCACUUAGCUACCGACUGUCUACGAUGAUUGGGUCAAACGGAGCACGUGACAAGACUUGGCCAACCAGCACCCUGCACCGUCACGAAACGUAAGCUAUCGCUUGAACUCGGAACUAUUUGGUAUUGUAGCGUAUUUCUCACAAGACAUUAAGUUUGAAUGGCCGAAACUUUGUUUGGGCCACUCGCAUACAGAAAGGCAAAAUCUCGAAAGUGAGUAGUGGUUCCCUUUGUUCCCGGAGUUGUCCAAACGAAGCGCGUGACUUGGCUUAGCCAAUCACUACGCUUCGUUCGUGUGCCGAGUGCUGCGUUCAAGGUAAUGUAGGAAUAUACUAACAGAAAUUGCACUUCCACGCCAAUACAUACUCGGUUUCAUUUUUUUGUGUGUAGGUUAACUAAGAAGUAAUAUUUGAACUCAAUGUACUUAAAAUAAAUGAAUACAGACACAUUUUUGUUACUUUCUCAACAAAGUGAAUGAAAUGUAAAAAAUGUUUUAACCGUGUUCCUUAUUUAUCGAUGUGAACUUGGAGGUCCAGUUGGUUUUCUUGUUUUGUAAAAAUGUAUUCAUUUUACAUAAGAAGCCUCGGUGGGGUGGUUGUCUGUGUGGUCACUGGGUAUCCGACUAACUGCAUUCACUUUUGGCUGCUGUGGCCACCAGAAGAACCCUGGCGGCUACUAAUGAUGCUGAUGAUGCAGUUGCCGUGGAAACCGUGCUGCUAUCCAGGCCAAGUUCCUGAGAAAAAAAAAACGGGGCCACAGCUUCCAAAACAUGACCGAUGUUGUUUUGUUUUUUUUUUUCUCCCCCCUCACCGCCAUCGCUUCAUCACGUGUGCCGAUGGUGCCAGCAAUAUGAAGUACUUCUUGUACGAGUGCAGCAUUAAGACGCCAACCACAGCCAGACGAGACUUUCUCAGUUGAAGGAUUACGGACAUUCAUAGUUCAGGGAUUCUAUUUCCGAUGUUUGUACAAAAAAAAAAAAAAGAAGAAACGCAGCGUGAAAAGCGACGGACUUAUGCACACGUUCUUGUCUUUUAAGAAGACUAAAGAGUGUCAAUGACUUGUCCGGCGGGGAACGUUGAGAACUUAGGUGCACUUAACUUUUUUAUACUAAACUUAAGAUUUAAAAAAAAUGUAAGUUUAGAAUAAAGGUUAUUUUGGACAUUUGAGACAUUUGUUGUUUAAAUUUAUCCACGUAUGUAAUGUAUUAAAAUGAGGCAUACCGCUAAAUAAAGGACAUUUGGGUUCUUUUGUAACAUGA